CACUGGUAUGAAUUCAUAUCUCAACUGUCUGCACGAGGCGCAAGUGUGCCCACACGGCGCGAUCGAAGUACAUUCUCAAAGCUGACCUACUUUACCGUACACGCCAUACGAGGUAUUCGUGUUUUCCGGGUUGUUCUGAUAACGAAAGUAGCUACUGCGCGUGUGCAGAUAAGGCGAAGGUCCAGUAUUGUUUGUGUACAUGUAUAUAGGCAACCAACUGUACUCUCUGCUGUCAGUUCUCGUAAGACAUCAUGUGGGAUCUUGUCUCAGUUGCUGAGAUCAAGGAUCAUCUGACCGAGUGUCCAAUAUGUAAAGAACACUUUGAUGAGUCGACACGAAUUCCACGUCGUAUGCCGUGCUGUGUACAGUCCUUAUGUCAACUCUGUCUAGAAACCUGCAGUAGAGGCACAACAGUCUUAGACUGCCCCAUGUGUCGACAUCGACAUUACCUGACAGGCGGUGUUAAAUCUCUCCCCAAAGAGACUGUCAUCCUGAAGUUUCUGGACUACCUCAAGAUCCAGAAAGGUCUCCAUCUUCCAUGUUCAGAUUGUCCUGACAAGGAAACGGCUGUAGCCCAGUGUGACAACUGUGGAACAUUUUUAUGUUCCAUCUGCCUAAAUGCUCACAAACGAAAUAUGGUAACAAAAGCCCACACAAUAAAUACCCUCCACGAGAUGAAGGGCCGACCUGUACAGAGUUUCCGUCGUGUACAUCAGUGUAGUCGCCACCAACAACCUCUACAGUUCUACUGUCACACUUGUGACAAGGUUGUCUGUGUGUCCUGCACUGUAGUAGAUCACGAUAAAGGGAAGGGGCACAACGUCGUGUCCGUGGAUGAAGCACACAAAGAAAAGAUAAAAUCCACUGAUGAAGUUUUGGUCAAGAUGGAGGAAAAGACGAAAAGACUGAGCAAAACAGAGUCAGAUCUUAACAUGAAGAUACAGGACAUCGAACUGUCAAAGCGCGUAUCAAGAGAUGAUAUCAACAGAGUCUUUGACAACUUGAUCGAUGCUCUGAAGCAAAGACAAAAAAUCCUUCUGUCUGAUGUUGAGGAGAAAUCAGCUAAAAGUCUCAAGCUAACAGAGCAGGCGCUGGAUGCAACAAGACUACUGCUGAGGAAUGCCAGGUCAUCUAUAGAAUACACGCGACAGAUGAGCAGCACAGCUGACAGGAUAGAAUAUCUGCAAGUAUUGGGAUCAAUACAUGAAUACAUGUUGAAGGAGGAGUCACCAAAGGAAAUACCCUUCGUCAUGACUGGAGUUAAUUUUGUCCAAGCAAAUGUAAAACAUCUUCAGGAUACUAUCAAGGUGGCAGGAAUGGUCAGAUCAGUCACGUUCUCCCCAACAGAGACGUCGCAUGGUGUGGAAGAUUCUGCAGCAUACACCGCUAUCAUUGUGGAACCAGCCGAGUUACCUUCAGUGAUCGAGAUGGACCGGAAGAUGUCUGACCAGGAGAUAACAUGCCCGACUCUGGAAUGGGACACAAACACUGCAAAAUGCAUCAUUGACGUAUCUGAAUGUGUAAUCACAAACACACGACCGGCUGUUAUUUCUCCGAACACAGGAUGUCGGAUACGAAAUGCCAGAUCAUGUCUAGCGUCCAGACCUUUGGUGGUCCGAAACAGUCCUGGGCAGCGUUGCGUGUUUGGAAUAAAGUUGGGGUUAUAUAUAAAGACAUUGGUAGGAAGUAAUAAACUUAUACAAGAGAUAGCCCUGACAUCCUCUCCUGAAGAUGCUGUCCGGCCGCAACAAAUUGGACUGAGUGUGUAUGUUGCAACAUGCUCCACCCACAACCAACAGCUGUGUCUUCGGGUAAACUACAAUAAAAAGCUCCUCACUCACCUUCCACUCACUGAGAACAGAGUUGGACAGUCUUAUGACCUUCAGCUAUACUUUCUACUGGAUGGAGCUAGUGACAAAAUAUUAGUCGUUAAUGCCAUUGACAAUUCAGUGUACACCACUGUUACAGAUGUAGAAUUUGACAGACCACUGUGGGUUAUGAUGUAUGUUUGUGAUCCCACAAAAGCGGUUGUAAGAGGAGAACUGAUAUCUGGCCACAAAAUCCAAGGAACCUUUGCCAACUUUAAUCUGUAGAAUCUGUAGAACAUAUUAACAUUUUAACAAUAGAUUUUUGUAAAUAAAGUGUUUGAAUCUGAAUUUCCCACACACU